UGUUUAUCACCAUUCUAUAAAAAACUGGAAAAUCAAGCUAUGAUUCCAUUAUCUUUGUGGCUGAAAGGUAAAAAAAUAAUUAAUAAUCAUGGUUGACUUUAUGAAAAGAGCUCUUGAAUUAGCAUCAGAAGCAUUAGAUGCACAAGAGGUGCCAGUGGGCUGUGUCUUCACCAUUGGAAAUACAAUUGUUGCUGAAUCAAGAAAUUGUGUUAAUGUUACUCGGAAUCCAACAAGACAUGCUGAAAUAAAUUGUAUUGACUUUAUCUUAGAACAUUGCAAAGCAAACAAUAUAGACUACAAUACCUAUUUUACAAAUAUAAGUGUUUAUGUGACUGUGGAACCUUGUAUUAUGUGUGCUGCAGCCUUGCAGAAUUUAAAAGUAAAAGAAGUUGUUUAUGGUUGUGCAAAUGACAGAUUUGGCGGGAAAACUGUACUUGAUGUAAGUGAAUUCUAUGUUCAAUAUUAUGAACUACGUGGGAACUUAUUAGCAACAGAGGCAAUGGCGCUUUUAAAACAAUUUUAUAAAGGGACAAAUCCAAAUGCACCAGAAUCAAAAGUGAGGAAGAAAAAGGAUAAUUAAUUUUUUUUUUAAAGUGAAAUGGACAACAACUUAGUUGUAAAAAU